GGUAUCUGGUUCUUGGAUCAAUUACGGGAGGUCCUUCUUAUAAUAGGACAAAAGUUUACGCAUUGCCGAUUGAGACGGCGGCUGGCAAUACAACCAUUCACACAACACCUGAAAAGUCUUUCUUUUUCAAUAACUUCCUAGAACAACCAAUGGCCAUCGACGUCGAUUACGCUCGAAAACAGCUGUACAUUUAUAACCGCUACUCAGCGACUCUUCAAAAGCUGAAUUUUUAUCCCGAGAACGGAUUCCAAAACGACAUAGCAAUCCCUCUGCAUCAGGGACUUUCUAGGAGUAAUGUGAAGAUUGCUUUAGAUUGGAUUUCAAACAAUAUUUACUGGACCGAUCCAGCGUUUAGAUGGAUCGCAUUACAGUCCUUGAACACGUAUGGACAUUACCGAAUCCUUGUUUAUGAUAACGUCGAGAGGCCUACUGGAAUUGCUGUAGAUCCGACUCACAAAUAUUUGUUUUGGAGCGACGUUGGAUCAUUACCGAAGAUUGAACGUUCCUCCCUCAGCGGAACCGGUCGUAAAACCAUUUUGUCUCAGGGCAUAGCCUAUCCAAUAGCCCUUGAUGUCGACAUUGCAUCAUCGAAGCUGUACUGGGUUGACUCCAUACGCGACUCUGUGGAGCGAUCAAAUUUAGAUGGAAAAGAACGCUCGACUGUCAAAAGAAUGACGCACACUACAUUUUCAGAUAUAGAAGUUUUUUUUGACGUUGUGUUUGCAACGGAUUUUGAUUCAAGCUUGGGAGGAAAAGUGCGUCUUUUUAACAAGGACACUGGCAUAGACGACAAAGGCUGGCCUGUUUUUCAAUCAACCAACUCAGAAAUAACAUGUGUGAAUUUCUAUGCACCACAGCCUACGAUAACAGGUUUACCAUAA